ACAGUGUGGAAGAGCAUCCCGACGGACACCGGCUUAAGUGGUGCGAAUACUGAUCAACACUGCUGGAAACUGGAAGAGCAGGUGGGACCAUAGCUUUUUUGUUUCACCUAGGUUUUGUUAGAUGAAAAGUGUAACCUGUAUGAACUUUGCUUCUUGGAGUCGAGGCUUUUUACUUUUUGAGGGAUCCUGAUCCACACCUGAGAUGUUGAGUGCUGAAUCUCAGGCCUCAAAUGAGAUUGCAGUGCACUUAUUUUAGCAACGUUUCCACUGCGUGAAAGCAUGUCCAGAUGUUCAAAUCUCCACUAUGAUUGGAGGAUCAUCAAAAAAAGCAAAGCAACGGAAAGAGAUGGUUUCCACACAAGCGCUUGACAAACAGAAGAGCAAACCCUAUUUAAACAUGGAGAAGCCUGCCUCCAGCUCAAGUCCUUGAGUUAUGGAGAAAGUAAUGUCGGGUCUGAUGCUGGGUCUCCUGACCAAUCACAGCACUCCAAAUGCCACCACUAGCCAAACCAAACCAACCCUUCCCAGCAUGGAGGAGGUCAUCCACUCCGAAUCCCAGAUUAAGCAUCUGGUUGGACUCUUUUGCAUGGUGACCCUAAACCUUGCAGCCCUAUUGGGCAACAGUGGAGUCAUGGUGGCAAUCGCCAGAGCUCCUCAUAUGAAGAAAUAUGUGUUUGUGUGUCAUCUCUGUGCAGUGGACUUGCUUUGUGCCAUACUACUGAUGCCUCUCGGAAUCGUCUCUAGUUCUCCGUUCUUCAGCACUGUAUCGUUUACUGUCUUGGAGUGCCAAGUGUACAUCUUUUUAAACGUGUUCCUUAUCUGUGCCUCGAUUCUUACUGUUACCGCAAUCAGCAUUGAACGCUAUUACUACAUUGUGCAUCCGAUGCGUUAUGAGGUGAAGAUGACUCUAAACCUUGCUCUUGGUGUUAUGGUCUUCAUUUGGGUUAAAUCUAUCCUGAUGGCUUUAGUCACACUUCUUGGUUGGCCAGCAUAUGGGAACCAGAGCUCCAUCGCAGCAGCCCAUUGCUCUUUACACUGGAGCCACAGUCGCCUGAGAAAGGUCUUUGCCAUUCUUUUCAGCGUGCUUUGCUUCUUGGUGCCCGCGGUUGUGAUUUUUGCUGUAUAUUGCAAUGUAUAUAAAGUGGCACGAACGGCCGCUCGUCAGAAUGUACCGAUGCCAACCUGGGCGGCCAACCAAGCUAAGCGACGUUCAGAUUCGAUCAACAGCCAGACCACUAUCAUCACCACCACCCGCAGUUUGCCCCAAAGACUGUCCCCUGAGAGAGUUUUUGGGGGCGGAAAGGCUGCCAUCACCCUGGUUGUCAUCGUGGGCCAGUUUCUCAUCUGCUGGCUGCCUUACUUCAGUUUCCACCUUCACAUGUCCAUCACCACUCCACUACAAAGCCCAGGAGACAUCGAGGAAGCCGUCACGUGGCUUGCGUACUCCUCGUUUGCUGUGAAUCCGUUCUUCUACGGCCUUCUGAACCGGCAGAUUCGCGAGGAGCUGAUCAAACUGAGAAAAUGCUGUGCUAGUAGACCUGUUGAACUGCGAGCCUCCAGUCAUGAAGGUUCCAUCCAGGAAAACUUUCUCCAGUUUCUGCAGAGGACCAGCAGCACGGCUGAGACCACCAGACCCAGUUGUGGAAAUUCCAGCCCGAGGAACACUGUGGAUCAAGGGGCCAGGUUACCUGGACAGAUCCCUGAGGAAUGACUGAGUAAAAUUCAUGUGACGUUUUGAAUAAGAAGAGCAUUACAGUAUGUGCAUGGAAGUACUGUCGGUCCAUGCAAAAAUCGCCUCUAAAUGCUCUUUGGACUAGUGUAAUCUACAUAUCCAUAAUUUGUUGUUAUGGUUGCCAUAGGUCAGUGGCAACAAUAAUAAUGUCAUGUUUAAAGGGGCUAUGUGUAGAAUUCAGAAACACUUGUUAUUAAUGACACCCGUGAACUGCAGCAACUUAUUGCUUGUGCUUGCACUCCUGCACACUUUACAUACAAGAGACUUAAUGUUGUUCAG